AUGGCUUUCAACAACAUGGACCUUAGCAAUGGAGACGACCGCCGCGAUGACCCGGCCUACAGCGACAAGGACUUGUCUAAGCUGAAGGACUUGGACGAUCUUGAGAGCCAGGGCCGUCGCCGGAGCUCGCAUCACCAUGUCACCACCAUUGACUCGUCUUCAACGUCCGAGAGCGUCGGUCGGCAGAUCGAAAUGGAGUCGGAGAACAGCAUCAAGUAUCGCACGUGUAGUUGGCAAAAGACCGCUGCGCUGCUCUUUUCCGAGUACAUUUGUCUGGCUAUCAUGUCCUUCCCGUGGUCAUACUCCGUUCUGGGCCUGGUGCCCGGUCUGAUCCUCACUGUUGUGAUCGCGGCUGCUGUGCUGUACACUUCGCUAAUUGUCUGGAAAUUCUGUCUGCGCCACCCCGAAAUUCGCGAUGUCUGUGAUGUCGGCCAGUAUCUGUUCUGGAAUUCGAAGAUCGUUUGGUGGGUAACGGCGGUCAUGUUCCUCUUGAACAACACCUUCAUUCAGGGCUUGCACUGCUUGGUGGGUGCCGAGUAUCUCAACACCAUGACCGACGGUGCCGUUUGCACCAUCGCCUUCUCCUUCAUCAUGGCGAUGAUCUCGUGGGUUUUCUCCCUGCCGCGGACGUUCAGUGCUCUGUCCAGGAUUGCAACCUUUUCGGCCUUCUUCACAUUCGUCUCGGUCAUCAUGGCGACCGUUUUUGCUGGAAUCGAAGGGCAACCCAACAAGACUGGCUACAAGAAUACAGGACCGGCGAAGUUCCUUGUGGUCGCUGCGCCUGGAACCGGCUUCGUGAACGGAAUGAGCGCCUUCCUGAACAUCAGCUACACCUUCAUCGGCCAGAUCACCCUGCCCAGCUUCAUCGCAGAGAUGAAAGAGCCCCAGGAUUUCUGGAAAUCGGUCACCGCCGUCACCAUUGCCGAAGUCAUCGUUUUCAGCUUGGUAGGCGCGGUCAUCUACGUUUACACCGGCCAAUACACGCAGGCGCCUGCUUUCGGCUCGCUCAGCAAUGAACUUUACAAGAAAAUUUCUUUCUCGUUCAUGAUUCCGACGCUCAUCUUCCUGGGUGUGCUGUAUGCCUCUGUCUCCGCGCGCUUCAUCUUUUUCCGCAUCUUCGAGGGUACCCGCCACAAGGCCAACCACACUGUCGUGGGCUGGGCCUCGUGGGCUGGAAUCCUCUUUGCCCUCUGGAUUGCGGCCUGGAUCGUCGCCGAGGUGAUUCCGUUCUUCUCAGACCUGCUAUCGAUCAUGAGCUCUUUGUUCGAUUCCUUUUUCGGAUUCAUCUUCUGGGGCGUUGCUUACCUGCGCAUGCGGUAUAACGACCACGGCCCCCGAUUCUAUGCGGUGCGCGGUAUUCGCGGCUGGGUGGGAGCCAUCGUCAACGUCAUCUUGAUUCUGACUGGCGUGUUCUUCCUGACUGGUGGCACCUACGCUUCCGUUGAGUCAGUCGUUAUCAGUUACAAUAAUGGUGCAUUCGGCAAGCCCUUCACUUGUGCCAGCAACGCCAUUUGA